ACAUUUCUUUCGAUGCGCAGUCCAGCGCAAAUGAUUGGCUCUGUAUUUUAAGAGGAGGGAUGAUCGUAAAACGUUUUGGCGUCCAGUCCACGUUCAGCCCGCUUCCAAUGCCCCAUGUCUUCUCAUCAAACCGUUUUAUUUUUCUUUGCCUGCUCCGUACCGUGGGGAAAAAUGACUGCAGGGCAACGAUUAGUUCCCGCAUUCGAGCGCUUCAAUCUUGGCCGACUGCCAUUCAAGUUGGCCAAACUGUCGAGCAGCUUUGAGAAUGGCUGCGGAGCAUCGUCUCCAUCUCAGUCGCCGAUCAGGCUAGUUUUGCCAUUUAAAUCCCGUACACUUCUACCCUGCGGUUUCCUGUCAGUCAGUGUCUCGGGACGCCUGCGAGAUAGGUGUAUCCCAGCGCAUUGGCCACGAUGUUCCCGUGUAGUGCUCCAUUGGGUUGGGCAGACAUGUGCAGACUAUACACGUGUCAGACUGACAAGUGACGCGGAGGUUUGCUCAGCCUUUCUCCUGCAGCACUUCGCGGGCCUGCGGCCAAGCUCAGUGCCAAGAGGUAGUAUGAAGGUCCUGCAGCAGACGGACAGUGGUUCUCAAUUCCACAGGAGCUGUCCUUCCCGCACAGGGAAUCGACGCUCGGCGUUUCACGGCGGAGUCAAUAUGACCGCAAAAUCGCCAGCUGCAGCACACCCUCUGCUCAAGGUAACUGUACCGUAUGUCUGUUCUCGGGGAUCAGCGAGGUUCGUUCCUUGGUCUCCUCAGCAUCAUCGCGAGGCUUUUGCAAGUUAUGACGACGCCAGUGCGUGGGCGCUAUCGCCAAUCCAGCCCAAGCGGGCGGUGAUCCUGGGCCAUGGCGCCACCAUCCCGCGAUUCCAUGACAUAAUUGGCUGGGGUGAAGCUCCAACUGAGGCCCCUCGCCGCCCGCCCCCACCAACGACGUCGGCUGCAUGAAGCGACAGGAGGGAAACUGAACGCGAUGCUGCGGAUGCUCUGGCGAGUUCAGGUUCACUGUGCUCCGCCGCAGUCGCCGUCGUGACGGAACGGAAUGACCUUCGGAGAUAGAU